AUGUCGUCCCUUGCAGACAAAGUGGUCUUGAUCACAGGUGGCAGCAAGGGCAUCGGCGCAGCAACCGCUACAGCAUUUGUGAACGCUGGCGCUCGAGUUGCCGUGAACUAUGGUCGUGACACUACCCAAGCCGAAAAGUUCGUCAAUGAACUCGGUCCCAAGCAUGCAUUCGCGGUCCAGGCGGACGCAGGCAGUAUUGCAGGAGCAGAGAAGAUGGUGAAAGAGACCGUCGAAAAGUACGGAACCAUCGAUGUUCUUAUUCUCAAUGCUGGCGUGCUGCCCAUGAAGACCGUCGAGACAACAUCUGAGCAAGACUUCGACAGUACAUUCGCUCUCAACGUCAAAGGACCCUAUUUCCUCGUCCAGAAGGCGCUUCCGCAUCUCAAGCCCGGCUCCCGCAUCAUCUUCGUAUCGACUAGCGUCAUGCAUGCUUCGACGCUCUCGCCGCCGUACACUCUCUACGCAAGCACGAAGGGUGCUAUCGAGCAGAUGACCCAUGCGAUGGCGAAGGAUCUCGCGUCCAAGGGCAUCAACGUCAAUGCGGUUGCUCCGGGUCCUACUGCCACUGAACUCCUUCUGAAGGGAAAAAGCGAACAGAUGAUCAACACAAUUGCAGGAUUCUCACCCUUUCACAAGCUUGGCGAACCGGCGGAGCUUGCAGAUGUGUUCGUCUUUCUGGCUAGUGAAGGCAGCAGGUGGAUCUCUGGGCAGGUCAUCCUGGUCAACGGUGCAUUUUCGUUUCAAUGA